UUUCCAGUAACUAGUCAUACAUAGAUUAUCUACAAUAUUCAUCUCCCACUACUCCCAAACUUCUUCUUUCUUUAGCACAAGCUCCUCCGGUUCUACCUUGGAGAAUAUCACCCUAGCUAUACACCAUGAUUUCUAGAACUAUGCUUCAACGCCAGGCUGCAAAGUCUGUGCUGUCUAUUCGCUCUACAUCAAAUCGUGUUCUGCCAGCAACAAGAACCGCAUAUUUGCAACCACUCUCUCAGUCUAUCAAACCAUUCCCUCCACGAUUAUGCCAGAGAUAUUAUUCAUCUGAUCAGUCCGAAGGAGCAGAGCCCAAGAAAGACACUGCCACAGAAGAGAAUGGCAACGAAAAGAAGCCAGAAGCCGUAGAAGACCCCGUUAAGAAAGAGCUUGAAGCUGCGAAAAAAGAAAUUGUUGAUCUCAAGGAUAAAUAUCUCCGCUCCGUUGCCGAUUUCCGGAACCUUCAGGAACGUACACGCAGGGAGGUAGAAUCUGCCCGGAAUUUCGCUAUCCAGCGAUUUGCAACAGAUCUUCUUGAUUCCAUUGACAACCUCGACCGCGCCCUUGCUGCCGUCCCUGCAGAAAAAAUCUCCGGCGCGGGUGAGAAGGAGAACAGGGAACUGACAGAGCUGGUGGCUGGCCUUCGAAUGACCGAACGUGUCCUGUUCAACACAUUGAAUAAGCAUGGGUUGGAAAGAUUCGAUCCCUCCGAGCUGGUAGACGGCAAACCGCAGAAGUUUGAUCCAAAAUUACACGAGGCGACUUUCAUGGCUGCGGCUGAGGGCAAAGAGGAUGGAGAUGUGCUCCACGCUCAAACUAAGGGAUUUAUUCUCAAUGGCCGUACACUCAGGGCUGCGAAAGUCGGAGUUGUGAAGAACUCCUAGGCACGAAUUCGUAUCCAGAUAUCGAACAAUAAAAGCCACUUUCCUCCCCUUUCACACCCCUAUUACGGAACCUCGCCGCUUUCACAAACAGCAAUAUAGACUUUUAAGGCGGUAAUCUCCCUUCUCCCCACAAUCAGCACAAUUUUCCGUGUACAGCUACAAUCCUUAGUAGCUCUAUUCCUUUACUCCACCUUAUUCUCUGUACAAUAUCCAUGCAUGUAUUCGACGCGGACAGGAAAAAAAAUAUCACUGUAUAAAACGGGAGAAACAACACGGACGACGGCGUUUUUCCGAUCUGUUGCAUUCAUCAUCUCUUCGCUAUUUGAGAGCUACUAUUUUAUGGAGCGCGCACAUACACAUAUAUAUCCCUAUUUUCCAAACCGCUCUGAUAUUUACCGUCUCCUUUUUGUUUUCCUCCUCUUUUCUGUUAGUUUUUUUUACGUCUUUCUCAUAUUUUCCCCAUUAUUACACAUCUCUCCUCUCUUAAUGUGUUCAUCAGCAGCGCCAGGCUUGGGACCUUUGGUACGAUAUAUAUGAUAUGGUGAAUUCUCACUCUUUCCGAUUUUUGGCCAGCUUCCUUUUUGUGUGAUCCUUUUCAAUCUACUUUUAUUAGACCUUGGCGUCACCAGUGGGAAGUGGGGUCUUAGGUGGGUGUCUACUUUUUCUUUUUAUUUUUAGUUUUUUAUGAAAUAAGGUGUAAUCAAAUCCGGAAGCGGUUGAUCCGAUAGUUGAUUACUUUUAACAUUUCGUACAGGCAAGCUGCGAAUUAACAUUUAGUUAGCUCAACUCAGAAGCAUCACCACCCUUUAUUAACAAAACGGUGCGACGUCUAUUGCUGUAAUGUACGUUGGAAAAGGUGAGAAGGAGCAAAAAUUGUUAUCAUCCAGCAAACUAUGAGCCAGAGAGCAUAUUUUUUUAAAAAUACAAGAUAUUGUAGGUUAAAUAAAAACAAAAUAUACGCAGAUAUAUUGUACAGUAAAUCUAUCACCAUGAUCAUCUAAUCUCCACACCAGCCCUCUCCACCAACUCCUGCCUCACCCUUUCAUGCAACUUAUUCGUCUCGUCGUUCGUCAGCGUCCUCUCUAAACUCCGAUAAUUAACCCGAUAGCACAAACUCUUCCGCCCGGUCUUCGGUUGCAUAAACUCAUCCACAAGUUGCACAUCCUCCACCAGAUUGCCAGCAACAUCACGCACAAUUUCCAUCAUAUCAUUUUCAUGGAACAGUGUGCGGCCGCCUGCAGCAGUUGCGGCUGAAGGUGGUAGCCAAAAGGCAACAUCCUUGUAGCACGCAGGGUGUUUUGAGAAGGGGACGAAGCGGGUGAUUUUGCCCGCUUGGAAUUGGGAGAGGAAGCGCGGAUCCUCGGACCAGAAGAGGCGGAUGUCCGGGAUGUUGAAGAGGAGCAUGGCGAUGCGUUCAAGGCCGAGGCCGAACGCCCAGCCGACGCGGUGCGGGACGUCGGAGGAGAUGAGGAGCUCUUGUUUAACGACGCCGCAGCCGAGGACUUCGAGCCAGUCGCCUUGCCAAAACACCUCGAGUUCCCAG